UCUUCAGCUCGAUCUCAAGAGUACUGUAGAGUCUAGACUCAUUUGCCGUCCUUGAUUAGCUCCAGCCCAGCAGCUGCUAAUUAAGACGACAGUCAUGGCUGCCAGCAUUAAGCUCUGCUUAUUAGCAGUCUCGUGCGCCCUGGUUUUGGCCACGGCAUGCCACGGCCUCCAGGUGGGCUACUACAGGAAGACCUGCCCCAGGGCCGAGGCCCUCGUGAGGGCCGAGGUGAAGAAGGCCGUGCGCGCCAACCCCGGCGUCGGCGCCGGCCUCAUCCGCAUGCUCUUCCACGACUGCUUCGUCGAGGGCUGUGACGCGUCCGUCCUCCUCGACCCGACGCAGGCGAACCCGCAGCCGGAGAAGCUGGGGGCGCCCAACAACCCCAGCCUGCGGGGGUACGAGGUGAUCGACGCGGCCAAGGCAGCCGUCGAGAAGGCCUGCCCCGACACGGUCUCCUGCGCCGACAUCAUCGCCUUCGCCGGGCGCGACGCGUCCUACCUCCUCAGCCACGCCAAGGUCAGCUUCCACAUGCCGGCGGGCCGCCUGGACGGGCGCAAGUCCCUCGCCAGCGAGACCCUCACGUUCCUGCCCGGCCCCUCCUCCAACCUCUCCAGCCUCGUCUCCGCCUUCGCCGCCAAGGGGCUCAGCGUCGAGGACGUGGUGGUCCUCUCCGGCGCGCACUCCAUCGGCCGCUCCCACUGCUCCUCCUUCGUGCAGGCCCGUCUGAGCUCCCCGUCCGACAUCGCCACGUCGCUGGCGACCAUGCUGAGGAAGCAGUGCCCGGCCAACCCGACCACCGGCAACGACCCGACGGUGUCCCAGGACGUGGUCUCCCCGCACGCGCUGGACAACCAGUACUACAAGAACUUGCUGGCACGCAAGGUGCUGUUCACGUCGGACGCCACGCUGCUGUCGGCGCCCAACACCGCGAGGAUGGUGCGCGCUAACGCGAGGUUCGCAGGCUCCUGGGAGAAGAAGUUCGCCAAGGCGAUGGUGAAGAUGGGGGCCAUUGGCGUGAAGACCGGCCGCGACGGCGAGAUCAGGAGGAGCUGCAGGCUCGUCAACUAGCUUGCAAGCUGCAGGUUUCGCUUGAUCAGGAAACCAGAGAUUGGUCCCGUUUGCUACUGCUUUUGAAGAAAUUGUUUUCAAAUGUGUUGGUCUGUCGUUGGCUCAGCUCGCCCCCACAUGUAGCUGGUGGGCAUACUUUUGGUUUCUUUGCUUUCGCCGCGGCAGUGUUGUAUUUGUUGAUUUCUUUUGCCAUGAUGAUGAGGCAUCUGCUGCCCUUUUCCGAAGAAAUGUAGCAAAUUCUCUUUGCCCUUCAUAUUGUCUCUAUGAGACACCCAAAAGGGGGUCUAGAAUGGAAAGUCUUCUUAAUUUUUUAUAA